AUGUCAUUCUUUCUAUCGUUGGGUGACGAAUCACCACUAGACUCUCCCGCCGCGAGCCUCGGCUCAUGCUUUCCUCCUACUACCCCUACCCCGGAAAGCUUUCCAGACUUCUUUCCCAAAGAAAUAAUUUCCUCCCCUAACUUCUUCCCAAAUUCCACUAAUAAAGACAGUCAUACCCGUACCAAACCGAACCUCUUCUCGCACAUCACACGUCAGGCACCAACUUCCUCAUCCACCACAGGUACAGGUUCUGACUCGUCCAUCGUCCGGAGCACGAAAUCAAACGCGUCGAUCGCGUCCUCCUCCUCUUCCUCUUCCUCCUUUUCUACGUCAAGGCCUUCAGGCGCAGUUGUCCCUCGCCCACCACGUCAAGUACAAAAGAAACAGAAAACAACUUCGUUCGGCGAUCGUCGUGGAUACGGGUUUUCCAUUGACCUCGCUGGCUCGGACAAGGUAUUUGGUAACCAUUCCGGACGCGACGUCCGCUUUUGA